CUUUGGUCUGUCAUAUUGUCCUGUUCUUGUUUGACGCAACUGCAAUAAAUCGAUGUCAUAAGUUAAUGUACAGCUAAAGUGUUUAAUAAAUUAUAAUUUAGUGUUAGGUUCAAACCGAUUACUGAUUAGUUCUUAAAAUAAUUGAAGACAAAAGUACAAAAGAUUCAAUUGAAAACAAAAGUAGAAAUGAAAAUGUGAAAUAAAACAGUUGGAAAACACAGAAUUUUUUUCAAACAUUGACAAAAUGCAUCGUCGAGGCGGAAAACGGAUCCGUAUGGAUGAUCCUCCCCCGGAGUAUAUCAAUCCAAUGACUCCGGCUACUCCUAUGACUGACUAUGGUGGCCAAUCAGUUCAUGAACCCGAUACGCCACAUGCGAAUUACUCAGGGUUUAAAGUUGGAACCGCAGCCAAUUCUACAGCGGUGGAUGUGGCUAGAGAGGAAGUGGAGGAGCAUCAGGAAGAAGAAGGCCGGUCUCCAUCGCCAGCGCCCACUAAGCGCAUCACCAGAAGCCGAGGUAGAGGUGGAGACGGCGGGUACGUGGGCCGACUGGCGGAGUCGCCACCGCCGCCGCCGCUGCGCAGACGCGGGCGUGGAGGACGCGGUCGCGGGCGCGGCCGGGGCGCGGCGCCUCCACCUGCUGCUUCUCCACCACCUAUUCUUAUGCCUGGUGAUGAUGAGAAUAGCCUGUAUAAUAUAUUAAGAUUUAAUAAGGCUGCUAUUAAUCAAGUGGUAGAUAUGUGGAUAGAGGAAUACAAGACAAAUAGAGAAAGUGCUCUGGUGCAGCUGAUGCAGUUCUUUAUCAAUUCCUCCGGCUGCCGAGGCAAAGUCACCCCAGACAUGGCCUCAAUGGAUCACACACUUAUUAUUAAGAAAAUGACACAAGAGUUUGAUGAGGAAAGUGGUGAAUAUCCUUUGAUAAUGAGUGGACAAACAUGGAAGAAAUUUCGUUCCAACUUCUGUGAGUUUAUCCAGACAUUAGUGAAGAUGUGCCAGUAUUCUAUCAUCUAUGACCAGUACCUGAUGGACAACAUCAUCUCCUUGCUGACGGGCCUGUCUGACUCCCAAGUGAGGGCAUUUAGACAUACUGCCACUCUGGCCGUGAUGAAGCUGAUGACGGCGCUGGUGGACGUGGCGCUGCUGACGAGCGUGAACUGCGACAACUGCCUGCGCCAGUACGAGGCGGAGCGGCUGAAGGCGCGGGAUAAGCGCGCCUCGGAGCGCCUCGAAGUGCUAGUCGCCAAGCGCCAGGAGCUCGAGGAGAACAUGGAGGAGAUCAAAAACAUGCUCUCAUACAUGUUCAAGUCUGUCUUCGUGCACAGAUACAGGGACACAUUGCCUGACAUCCGAGCUAUCACUAUGGCCGAGAUAGGCAUUUGGAUGGAAAAGUUCCCAGCCCACUUCCUGGACGAUCUGUAUCUCAAAUACAUCGGCUGGACGCUGCAUGACAAGGUGGGCGAGGUGCGGCUGCGCUGUCUGCAGGCGCUGCAG